AUGUCGACGGUGAAACCAUCUUCUUCGUGGAUGGCCCAAUUCAAACCGGGCGAGCGGGUCGAGGUCAGCUCCAACGACCGCGGGUUCCGCGGCUCCUGGUAUGCCGGCACCGUCGUCCGCCGCGAGGCGAAGAACCCCAAUCGUUACGUAGUCGAGUACGACCAGCUCUACGCGGACGAAUCUGGGGAGAAGCUGCUGCAAGAAACCCUCGAUUGGGUUCAAUUGCGUCCGCCGCCGCCGCCUCCCGAGAAGAAGGUCCAGUUCAAGGUCGAAGACGAAGUGGAGGCCUUCUACAGCGACGGCUGGUGGGAAGGGGCUAUUAUUGCGGAUCACUCCGGCGGGAAAUUCGCGGUGUUCCUCAGAGGCUUUGACGAGGAGAUUGUGUUGGAAGAGAAAGAUUUGAGGUUGCCUGUUCAGUGGGAGCCGCGAUUCGAACAGUUCACUCAAGGAAUGCAAGUCGAGGUGCUAACUGACGAAGACGGUUUGAAAGGUGCUUGGUUUGCUGCAACAAUUAUUGAACCUUCGGGUGAAGACAAGUACCUUAUUGAGUACAAAACCCUGAGGAAUGAUGAUGAUACUGAGUUUCUCAGAGAAGUCAUUCGUGCUUGCAACAUAAGGCCUUGUCCGCCGGAGAUCAUUGUUGUGGAUGGAUUCAAGGUGUGGGAUGCAGUAGAUGCUUACUACAACGAGGGCUGGUGGGUUGGCGUGAUUGCAAAGUCUGUGAAGCACGACAACUUAACUCAUAGAGGAAAGUCUAGAAUCUUGGAUGAAAGUGCAGCACCAGAAGCUUCAUGUUUGCAUUUAAAAGUUGUUCUCAAAUGGAAGACAGUAAAUUAG